CCGGGGGUGUGGGGCUGCGGAGGGGCUGUCCCCUGCAGUGACCGUUACCCCCGCCGUGUUUACCCGGGCCCCAGGGCGGGGGCUGGCGGGGGGAUAUAAGCAGCUCCCAAGGGGGGAUCCACAGCCCCUGCACCCCUAGAGUCCUGCCCAGCCUCCUUGCCCCGCCGAGAUGAAGGCGCUUUUGGCCGCGCUGCUGCUGCUGCUCUGCGCCUGCUGCCUCCAGGCCGCCCUGGUGCGGCGCGAGGCCCCGGCCGAGGACACGGCUCCCGCCACCCUCGACAGCUUCUUCACCCGCCAGUUCCAGACCCUCUCGGAGUUCAUGACCAAGGAGCUGCCCCAGAAGCUGCAGGCGGAGGAGCUGCGCAGCCAGGCCGAGGCAUACCUGGACCGGGCCAACAAGCAGCUGGCACCGCUGGCCCAGGAGCUGCGCAGCAACUUCGUGGGGCUCUUCACUUCCCUGCUGGAUCUGGGCAAGGGCGAGGGGAAGCCCUGAGCGCCCACCCCGCGACAAUAAAGCGUUGGAGCCGCCA